CGUUGGAAGAAACUAAACUUUUAUUUUCAUCUCUCUUCCUAUUACAGAAACUAAUAAACGAAGGUAUUUAUACCCAGGAUUCACUUAACAUACAAUCCUGAAACUCGACUAAAUCCUAACCGGACUCAAUACCCAACGAUCCAAUCUAACAGAAACUGCAAACUGAAACUACAAUCUUAACAUUUUGUUGCGAAAACUGCGGACCCGACAGAUCUCAAGUUCUCAACAAGCCAAGCCGCAGGGCCACCACAACACCACCAACUCGCUUUUGCUAUCGAAUUCUUCUGUCUUGGCCUCUCCUCGUCGACGCCCGUCCAUCUGAUCUGAGGCAAUAAUGGAGCCGGAGGAGCCGCCGCGCUGCAGUGGCGGGACCAGGAGCGUGAGCUUGCCGGAGGACCAACGCUUCGUCACCUCCUGGUUGUCCCAGGUGAUCGACCCGGCCAGUGCCGUCGCCGCCCAGCCGCCCUUGGUCGGCGACAGCGAGUUCGUCUUCCGCCACGAUUCCGCGUCGUCCACUGUCCGCUUGUACGGCUACUACCUUGACUCGGCGAAUCCAGAAGACGAGGGAGAGCCCGACGAGGAGGACGACGACAUCUACGCGGAAGAAGUGCUCCCGGAGGAGGAGAGGCAGCGGGUGGAGUACGAGCCCCUUACCGAGGAGGAGAUGGCGGAGCGAAACGACAGCGACGACGACGACGAAGACGACGACGACGACGACGACGAAGACCGUCAGCCGAGCAAGGUCGGUGACGCCGGGGAGAGCAGCAUCAAGAGCAACAGCAUCGCGCUCGUCGACGCGCCGGACGGGGGGUUUCUUUUGGGCCAGCGCAGUUCGCCACUGUCAAUAACACCGCAGGCUUCAUGCGGAUCGCCGCCGGUACCGGGAGCCAACAAGGAGGAGGCAGUGACAAGGAGAUCCUCGUGCUGUACCGCUACACCCGGUUCUCGAGGACGUGGAGCGGGCGGCGCGGCGUGGAGGCGUGCCGGAGGACGAAGCUGCACUGGCUCCGGUUCGCCGUCCCACCCGCCGGGAACAUGCGGGGCGCUCUGGCGUGGGCCGGCUCGUCUCUUUGCCCACUCAUCUACCCCGGCCUCUUCCGCCAGGAGCUCGGGGACCUGUGGUCGAUCCUGGCGGCGCUAGUGAUCAACGCCAUCCCGCCGCAAGCUACGCGCCUUCAGGUGGUCGUCGACGCGGGCAUCCUCCGGCGAGAGGACUACACGAUGGAGCGCAUGGAGCACGUGCGCGGCGCGCUGGAGGCCACCGCGGGCGAGGCGUGGCCCGAGUACUACCACGUCGGCAUGGAGCUGCAGCUUCCGGAGACGGUGCGGCGCGAGGAGGGCGGAGACGCGGACGAGGACGACGGCGUGCGGACGGCGAAGCGGAGGAUGGUCGUCGCCGAGGGGGAUUGCUCCCUGUGCUUGGAUCCGCUGGAGAGCGGACUGGCGGCGUGGCCGGGGUGUGGGCACGUUUUCCACGGCCACUGCGUGGAGCAGACGCUGGCUGGCAGGGCGACGUGCCCGCAGUGCAGGCACGGUCUGUGCAGGCAUGCGGCAUAA